AUUGUUAGCUCGUACCACGAAAAAUUAAAAUUUUCCCGAAUUUUCCAUAUCGUAAACUACGCAGAGAGAAGGAAUUUCAAUACUUUUCGUUAAUCUUAACUGAAAGUUUGUUCCCUCAGGGAAAGGUGGAGACAGAAUGUCAGUGGUGAAGUCAGGAUACGUGAAACGUCACAGCAAGAGCUUAUUUCAUGGGGGAUGGAAAGAUACUUGGGUUGAACUCUUUGACAACAGUGAUUUGUGUCUUCACAAGCACCAACAUGAUUCGGAAUUGAAAGCCAGAAUUCAUUUAAGGGAUGUAUGUAAGAGGUUUGCCUAUGGACAGUAUACGAACGGAUUUCCAGACAGACCCGAUCUUCCUGACGGGGCGUCCAUUGACAGUCUACUAGCCAUCCCAACCAGGAAUAACAGCAAAUGUAAAGUCUUCUGGUUACUUUGUCAUGAUCCAAAUGAACUCCAUGAGUGGAUGAAUGCAAUUUGCAAAACUCUCCCACCACCCCCAAGUCCCCAGGAGCAGCCUUCAAAUCCCCCACCCUCUUAUAAUGCAGGAGCCCCGGGAGGUAUAGGUUUCGAUGGAGUGCCAGGAGGAUACUAUGGAGGACCUGCUCCCCACCCUCAACAACCUGGUCCUUACCCCCCAGGGCCUCCCCCACAAGGAUACUCCCAGCAGCCUUAUCAGCAGUACCCUCAGUAUCAACAGCAGCCAUAUGGUCAACCUCAACAACAGCAACAUCAUGAGAAGGGCGGAAUCCUAGGAGGACUGGGAGGAAUAUUGGGAGGAAAAGGAGGACAUGGAGGACACGGAGGAGGAGGAAUACUGGGGAGUAAAGCAGGAAAAGUAGCAGCAGGUCUGGCUGGAGGUGCAGCUCUCGGCUAUGGGGCCAAGAAGAUGCUGGGUCACGGCUGGGGGAUGGGAAGCUUUGGAAGCUGGGGUUCUAUGAGUAGCUUCGGGAGUGCAGGAAGUUUCGGGAGCAUUGGAAGUUUUGAUUAAACCAAGAGAAGCCUUUAAAGUAGAGCCUGCUGCACUGCCAUUGACUUUACGUUGUGGAGUUCAUGUUAUAGCACAUGUUUAUGCUAGUAUUAUUUUUACCUGUGUUUUAAAAUCUAUAGAAAUGUGAUCAAAGGGUGAUAAAAGAAACCAUCUUUUGGAAAAUCUAAAGCAAAAUCAGAAAUACAGACCUGCCUACCCUUCCGCUUUUGGCGUAAUUUUUCCGCUUUUUACCACAAAAUUACGCUAUUACGCCACUGAUAUUAAUUUUACGCUUUUGAUGUUUUGGUUUAAAAUUCUUUAUGAAUGACUAAAUUUAGAGUUAAGAGUUAAAGUACGACCUGCUGAAAUAGAAUGAGAAGUUCUUAUAAAAGUAAUUAAUAGAGGUACGUAGUAGUUACAAGCAAACUGGUACGGUGAAGAUUCGAAAGAAGAUGAGAGGACACUACUUACAUUAACUAUUAAAUGAAAUUGCAAUAAGUACAGCCAUUUCUAUACUCAGUUUAGUUUAUUUUCACGUUGCUUAGAACAAGAUAGAGAAAUGUGAGUGUUCAAAAGAUAAAGUACAAUGUUAUAAUGAACGAUUUGUGUAAACAUGCAAACACAAGCCUUCAAUUAUGUGACUUGAUACGAAUUGACCAAAGGCUUCAUUAAGGACGUACGGUUGAAUUGAGUUUGAUAUAGGAUACUGGUAUUUUACAUUUGUUGCCAAUGGAUGAUUCGAAAAAGAAAAUUUGAUUCCAUCUUUGCUUAGUAAUGUACAAUUUCGGUAAUGUUUUGAAAGAAAUAAAGUAUAAUAGUAAAAACAACAAAUUAUGCUUUUACCUCUGAAAUUCCACCAAAAUUUUACCAAAAUUACACCCUUGCAAUGUAAAGGAUAGGCAGGUCUGGAAAUAGAUUGAUAUUUCCAAUUUUUAGCUCACCUCGAUGAAGUCGAGUUGAGCUUAUGCUAUACCCCGGCGUCGGCGUUAGCGUCGGCGUCCCAGGUUAAAGUUUUAGGAGCAAGUCCAUUCCCAAGUAACUAUAAGCCCUACCGGGACCAAAUUUGCAUGGAUGAUGCAUCUAGGGAUGUUCACUACCAGACUUGCUUCGAAUGCUGGAUCUGACCUACAUUUUCUAGAUGAGUGACCAGGUUAAAGUUUUUGGAGCAGGUUAAAGUUUUUGGAGCAGGUCCAUUCCCAAGGAAUUAUAAGCCUUACCCAGACCAAACUUGCAGGGAUGAUGCAUCUAGGGAAGUACACUACAAGACUUGCUUCGGAUGCUGGGUCUGACCUACAUUUUCCAGAUGAGUGACCAGGUUAAAGUUUUUGGAGCAGGUCUAUUCCCAAGGAACUAUAAGCCCUAGCUGGACCAAACUUGCAUGGAUGAUGCAUCUAGGAAAGGACACUACAAAACUUGCUUUGGAUGCUGGAUCUGACCUACAUUUUCCAGAUGAGUGACCAGGUUAAAGUUUUUGGAGCAGGUCCAUUCCACAGGAACUAUAAGCCCUAUUUGGACCAAACUUGCAUGGAUGAUGCAUAUAAUGAUGGACACUACUAGACUGGCUUCGGAUGCUGUAUCUGACUUACAUUUUCAUUCACAAGUAACUAUAAGCCCUACCUGAACCAAACUUGCAUGGAUGAUGUAUCUAGGGAUGUACACUACCAGACUAGCUUCGGAUGCUGGAUCUGACCUACAUUUUCAUUCCCAAGUGACUUUAUGCCAUAUUUGGACCAAACAUGCAUGGAUGAUGCAUCUAGGGAUGGACACUACCAGACUUGCUUCGGAUGCUGGAUCUGAUCUACAUUUUCAUUCCCAAGUAACUAUAAGCCUAUACCUGAACCAAACUUGCAUUGAUGAUGUAUCUAGGCAUGGACACUACCAGACUAGCUUCAGAUGCUUGAUCUGACCUACAUUUUCAUUCCCAAAUAUCUAUAAGCCCUUUUUGGACCAAACUUGCAUGGAUGAUGCAUCUAGGAAAGGACACUACAAAACUUGCUUUGGAUGCUGGAUCUGACCUACAUUUUCCAGAUGAGUGACCAGGUUAAAGUUUUUGGAGCAGGUCCAUUCCACAGGAACUAUAAGCCCUAUUUGGACCAAACUUGCAUGGAUGAUGCAUAUAAUGAUGGACACUACUAGACUGGCUUCGGAUGCUGUAUCUGACCUACAUUUUCAUUCACAAGUAACUAUAAGCCCUACCUGAACCAAACUUGCAUGGAUGAUGUAUCUAGGGAUGUACACUACCAGACUAGCUUCGGAUGCUGGAUCUGACCUACAUUUUCAUUCCCAAGUGACUUUAUGCCAUAUUUGGACCAAACAUGCAUGGAUGAUGCAUCUAGGGAUGGACACUACCAGACUUGCUUCGGAUGCUGGAUCCGAUCUACAUUUUCAUUCCCAAGUAACUAUAAGUCUAUACCUGAACCAAACUUGCAUUGAUGAUGUAUCUAGGCAUGGACACUACCAGACUAGCUUCAGAUGCUUGAUCUGACCUACAUUUUCAUUCCCAAAUAUCUAUAAGCCCUUUUUGGACCAAACUUGCAUGGAUGAUGCAUCUAGGGAUGGACUCUACCACACUUGCUUCGGAUGCUGGAUCUGACCUACUUUUUAAUUCCAAGUAACUGUAAGUCCUAGCUAAACCAAACUUGCAUGGAUGAUGUAUUUAUGGAUGGACACUACCAGACUUGCUUCGGAUGCUGGAUCUGACCUACAUUUUCAUUCCCAAGUAACUAUAAGCCCUAGCUAAACCAAACUUGCAUGGAUGAUGUAUCUAGGGAUGGACGCUAUCAGACUUGCUUCUGAUGCUGGAUCUGACCUACAUUUUCAUUCCCAAGUAACUAUAAGCCCUAGCUAAACCAAACUUGCAUGGAUGGUGCAUCUAAGGAUGGACACUAUCAGACUUGCAUCGGAUGCUGGAUCUGACCUAUAUUUUCCAUACAAGAGACUAGGUUAAAGUUUUGGGAACAGAUCAAUCCGAAUGAACUUGAAGUCCUUGAUAUCUGCAGUAUUAACAGUUAUGAAUAUUUGUUUACACUAUACAUGUUUUUCAGGCUACACGCAUAGAAAUGUGUAUAUGCCAUGUAAGGGGUUAAACACAACUUGCAAGAAUAAUUGUUGUUGGGAUGAAUACUAAAUAUUAAGAAAAUAUGAUGUGAGAUUUGCAUUACUUAAACUGAUAACAUUCGUCGAGGUGAGCUUCGUAAUCUUUGAUUACCUAUGUUUAUGUGUAAAGAAUUACUCUGAAACAAUAGAAAUCUACAAAUAUGUAAAAUAUUUUCUAUGUUUUUUGAUUGCCUGUUUAUCACUGUGAUAGUGUUUGAUUGGUAAACUGACACACAGACUGUAAUACAAGAAUGAUAAUUUGGAUUGUUGAUUAUUUAAAAGCAGGAUUACAUUUGUAUUAAUGUACUGAUACUUGUUUUUGGAAAAUCAGAUUUAUAUUGGUUGUGUUUACUCAUCUCAUAAUGUAAGGAUUAUCAGUACAAAGGAUUUACUGUUAUGAUGUUAUACCAUAUUCAUUAGGAAAUCAGGAGUGUGUUUUUUAAUGUUAUUUAUUUUUUUUAUUAGUUUUGUAUUAUUUACUUAUUUGUGAUCAGAUUCUGAUAAAUAUUUUAGAAUAUCUAUCAAAUAUAAAAUGCAUAUGUGCUGUAUACACUGUAUAUGAGGGAAGUUAACUAGUACAUGUAUAAACAUUAUUUCAAUUUUCAAAUGUAUGCACACUUUGCACCUCACAAACCAUUUAUUUAAGGUUUUUUCUUUUUAGUCAAAAAAUUUGUAUAUUUAAAAGAAUUAUUAUCAUAUUAAACAAAUUAACAUUGUAGACAUAAGGAUAGAAUUUGGUAAAUCAUAAAAAAAGAUUUUUUAUUUCUGUGAUUUUUUUUUUUUUCAUUUCGGUGGAUUUGCAUUAUCUGUCAGCAUAUUUAUACACUGUACAUGUAUUCUUUACAUUAAAGAAUGAUACUGGUUUAAUGCAUCAUAAAAAAUUAAUGCUCUUGAUUAAUUAAUGGUACACACAUGCAUUAUUAGAUGGACGGAUACUUAUGUCUGUUGUCAUUUUAUUAUUAAAUACAAAAUUUAAUUUUGUAACACAUGCAAUGCAUAGAGUGCCAUUAUUUAAAUCUGUGCCAUUUUAGUAAUUUAUAUAAUAUGUAAAUGUACAAUGUGUAUUUGGUGGGUCAUCUAGUUUUGUUUUAUGUGUAUUCUCCAUUUUAGCCCACAUGUACCUUCACAGCUUUUAUCUACAAAGGGGUUUAUACAUGUAUUACCAGAAGGACUUUUGACCAAUGUCCUCUCCCCCUCAAUAUAUACUUUUGGGUGUUUUUUUUUCUACCAACAAAUGUAUCUGUAAGAAAGUAAAGUCUGCAAAAAGUCUUUCUUAAUGUGGUAUUUAUUUAAUCUUGUCCUAAAUUCAUAAAUAAGAUGGACUUUAUAUUUAAAAAAAAAGAAAGAAAGUAAUGAAAGUUUAUCAAUUUUUUAAUUUCAUUUAUUGAUUGAACAUACCAGGAUCUAUUCAGUUUCUCCUUGUGUAUAAAUAGUGAUAGUUCGUCCUUUGUUGUCGAAGAUGACCAUAAUAACAUCUCGUCUGUUAAGUUUUGUUGUAAAUGGGAAGAUGGCUGAUGAGACCAAUUUUUGUACGGAACGUCCUUCCACAAACUGGGCAUGAAGGUCUAAGUGGAGUGUCAACAGAGGCUGCUCUCUCUUUAUGCUUUGUGCAUUUUUGCUCUGCCAGGUUCUUCAUCUCUUUUUGGUACUGGUUUGCCCCAAUCAUCACGCUUGAGCACCAGGCACUGUGACUGAGUGCUAGGUUUUCCCAUUUUGUAGGUUCUAUAUGGAACAGCUUUAUGGACACUUUAAGGGAAUCUUUGUAUUGUUUUUUCUGACCACCCCUGGAACGUGUACCCAUUUACUAACUGGCCGUACAGAAGCUGCUUCGGGAUGC